CACCUGCUUUCACUCAAUUCCUUGUUGCUGCAGCUUGCGAAUGAGAGCUUGACAAUCACUUCCACGUAGUCCCAUCCAAAAAGCUUUUGCCUCCCCCACACAUCCUUUGAGCGAAACCCAGGCGAAAAUUUCCCCUCCAAUCCCUGACCACGCCCCACAGACCAAUUCCCACUGGUUUUCAAAAGACCCGAAGCGGUCUUGAGCUUAAAGAAACCACCAGGUGGUCUAAUCCACCCUUGGUCAAUCUGAUUCCCCUCAGGGUCGGAGCUGGAAAUCCAACUACAGUACAGAUGAGAGGAAGUUGUUUCGUAGCCCCUCCUCUACUGAAACCAUGGUGCUGCUGCCUCGUCUUAUUCCUUUCCCCAUUUGCAGCAGCUCAGUCCAUCCACGCAGAGGCUUACCGAAAUGAACUUAUUAGCCUAGCCAAAGAGCAGAAGGAGUGGUUGGUGUCGGUCCGGAGGCAAAUCCACGAGAACCCAGAACUCCGAUUCGAAGAACACAACACCAGUGCCCUGAUUCGCAGGGAGCUCGACGCACUUGGCAUACGUUACGCUUACCCAGUUGCCAAAACUGGAGUUGUUGCGGAAAUCGGCUCUGGUUCGCCCCCUGUUGUGGCUCUUCGUGCCGAUAUGGACGCCCUUCCUUUGCAAGAGCUGGUUGAGUGGGAGCACAAGAGCAAGAUUGAUGGGAAAAUGCAUGGCUGCGGCCACGAUGCCCAUACCACGAUGCUACUAGGUGCUGCCAAGUUGCUUAAUCAACGGAAGCAUCUGCUCAAGGGAACUGUGAGACUUCUUUUCCAACCUGCUGAGGAGGGAGGGGCUGGUGCAUUGCAUAUGAUACAAGAGGGGGCCCUUGGUGAUGCUGGAGCCAUUUUUGGAAUGCAUAUCGACUGUGAGACGCCUACUGGAAUGAUUAAUUCCCUUCCAGGAUCCAUCUUAGCUGCUGUUUCCUUCUUUGAAGUUAAGAUAGACGGUAAAGGUGGUCAUGCAGCAGACCCUCACACUAAUAUAGACCCUAUAGUUGCAACAUCCUUCACAAUUCUGGCACUGCAACAACUCAUAUCAAGAGAAGCUGACCCCCUUGGUAGUCAAGUAUGUUUCUGUUUCCUUAUGCAUCUAUAUCUAUGUAUUCGCUCAAAUUGUGCUACAAAGGAUGGCGUCAAGUUGCUUGUUGAUGCGCUUGUCAAGUAUGUUUUCCCCUUUAUCAUUAUUUUUCUUGGAUACUUCAAUUUGGGCAUGGAUUAUUUGUUGAUUGAUGAUGUUUCUUACAUGAAACUGACUGUGCCUUUUCAAGAGCUAAGCAAGCUUUUUGGGUUGAACAAAAUUUGCACCUGCACUUUGUUUUGUCCAUUAGGAGACUUGAGAUACUAACAUAUUCAGCGUUUAAGUAACAAAAGAAAGUUGGUCAUGGUUGACCAGGUGCUCUCUGUUACUUAUGUCAGAGGUGGGGAGGCCUUGAACGUGAUUCCUCCAUAUGUAGUUUUCGGAGGUACUUUGAGGAGUCUUUCCACCGAAGGCUUGCAUCGACUCCAGACUAGGCUGAAAGAGGUGGUUGAAGGGCAAGCUCGGGUUCACAGAUGCAAAGCACACAUUGACAUGAAAUAUGAGGACUACCCACCAUAUCCAGCAGUAGUGAAUGACGAGAGGCUGAACGAGCACGUGCAGAGGGUAGGCAAGCUUCUUCUUGGUGCGGAAAAUGUUAAGAUUGGUAAGAAAGUGCUGGCAGGUGAGGACUUUGCCUUUUACCAAGAACUCAUUCCAGGAGUGAUGCUCAGCAUAGGCAUCAGAAAUGAGCAACUGGGUUCAGUUCACUCUCCACACUCUCCCCACUUCUUUCUCGAUGAGGAUGUUCUCCCGAUUGGGGCCGCUUUGCAUACAGCUCUCGCUGAGACGUACCUCGAUGGACGAUCAUCAUGUAUGCAGUAAUCAUCAGUGCUAAAACAUACAUUACUAUGAUAAUCCCGCAGCAGCAGCAGCAGCGCUAAAACACCUACUUCUGCGUGGCCUGCUGGACUACCAGUUUGAUGUAGGAAGAAAAUGUAUCUUUCCUCCGGUGUACAAAACAGUGUAAAUCAUGCAGUUUGAUAUAUUGACUUAUUUUUCGUUUUGCUUUAUGGAAAUGGCUAUUGGCUAUGAGGGCUCACGAGUUGUUAGUCC